AUGCCCCAGAAACGCAGGCGACUAGAAAAGCCCGCCCAACCAGCACCGGCUGAGCAGUCGUCGAUGCGUCGCACAACACGUCAGACGCCAGUCCUACCCCCGCUGCCCCCGACCUCCGCCGCCGCGGCCAAGGUGGCUCAUCAGGCUCCUCCUGCUGUGGCGGGCCCAACGCCGGCGGCGACGGCGACUGGAGCGGCAAAUGGACGGCCACGGCUCCAGCCAACAGCCUCAGGCCCCAUCACCAUCACGACCACGACAACGACCACCGUGUCAAACUCGUCUGCCACUUCCCAGACGCCUGUCCCAAUACCCACGCCCCUAGGUUCAGGUCAGCAACCGAAUAGAGGCCGUCAACGACCGCAGUCCAUCGUCCGACCGCCUCCAAUCCCGCCUGCUUCUCCUCCGCCCGUCAAGACCCCGGUGCCUGUUCCCAUCGUUACUGCCGUCUCUCCGCCCUCCAUUGCUCCAUCUCCGCUGCCCUCUGUUAAACCCAAUCCUCCAUCAGGACGGAGCAUGUCGGGCGUAGCCAUCAAAGAUCAUGUCCGCCCUUCAAGUUUAGUCGCACCGGAAAUAACAUAUCAUGUGCCUCAACCAACGCUGCCGGGACGGGUCCAGUCAUCUUUGUUGAGACCUCACGGUCCUUCCGCGCUCCCACCUCGCCUCGACAGACGACCAGCGCCUCUCGUCGUCACACCCGUCCUCCCGCCCAAGCCUCCCACCUUGACUGUGAACGACCGCGGGCCUCCUCGAGCAGACCGCAACAUCGAUAAGGUCGUGUUGGGGGAUCUUUGCUUCCGUACCUGGUAUCCCAGCUACUACGGAAAGGAGGUAUUGGGUGACACGUCUGGCAAUUCCAGAAACGGCGGCGGAAGCAAGGACGGCAACAACGACGCGAUUGGCAAAGCCUCAAAGAGGGACAAGGACAACCAAGCAAUGCUAGAGAGGCUGUACGUCUGCCCUAGCUGUUUCAAAUACGCCAAAGAGCUGGUAGCAUGGCGCGGACACGUGCGGAUUUGCGAGCGCAAAGCAGUCGUGCCAGGCAAAAAGGUCUACAUGCACCCUCGCGGCCGAAGAAAAGUUCUAGUCGCCUUUGACGGCAGGGGACCUGGCCCAAAGCGACGCCGUGGUGACGGCGGCAUACGAUACACGGAAGAGAUAGUACAAGACGAAGGAGAAUGGAGCAUUUGGGAAGUUGACGGCGAGAAACACGGGCUCUUUUGCCAGAAUCUGUCCCUGUUUGCAAAGUUGUUCCUGGACAACAAGUCGGUGUUCUUCGACGUCGCAGGCUUCAACUACUUUCUGCUCGUCUACACGCCGCCGGCCAGCCCGGUGGUCUCCGGAACCGAACCCGUGCACACUCGCCCGCCGCAAGUGUGUGGUUUCUUUUCAAAGGAAAAAAUGUCUUGGGACAACAACAACUUGGCCUGCAUCCUGGUUUUUCCGCCGUGGCAACGAAAGGGACUCGGGGCGUUGUUGAUGGGUGCAUCGUACGAAAUAUCGAGACGAGAGGGUAUACUCGGCAGUCCGGAAAAGCCCAUCUCCGACUUGGGCAAAAAGGGCUACAAGAGGUUUUGGUCGGGCGAGAUUGCGCGGUGGUUGCUGGGCCUGGAGAAGACGGCGUCAUCGCAGCCGCAGCCGCCUCAGGUUGCGGGCGCGCCAGUGGUGAUGACCCCGGAGUUGAUUGUCGACGUCAAUGACUGCAGUCGAGACACGUGGAUAGCUGUCGAGGACUGUCUGGGGGUUCUACGGGACAUGGGCGUGGUUGAGGAUGCGGGAAUGGGAUACGGCAAGCCCGAGAAGAGGACGGAGGGCGCCGAGGAUGACGAAUCCGGAGAGGUGUCAGACGGCGGUGAUGGCGGCGCCCAGAAGCAGCAGGAUGCGGUCCCGAGGCCGGCGGAGGAGAAAAGGUCUGUUCCGCCCAAGAUCGUGCCUCGAGUGCGGGUAGACAAGGAGGCCGUGAGGCGGUAUGUGGCAACCCAUCGUAUCAGCCUGGAGCGGACGUGCGAUCCGGACGGAUUCGCACAGGGGUAUGCCGUCAAGGUGGAUGGCAGCGGGAAUGACGGCGAGAGGACGGGACUUGAGGCGGCAUAG